AUGGCACCUACUGAAUUGAAGGAAUUCAAAGCUCAGUUGCAAGAGUUGACAGAUAGAGGUUUCACGCAACCAAGUUUCUCUCCUUGGAGUGCACCAGUGUCUAGGGAGGAGUCAACGGACGAGGAAGCCUACCAUUUUGGUGCAAGAAAGGCCACCUCGGGCAACGAGUGCGCUGACUCGGCACGUGAAGAAAAGAAGUCACCAGCUUCCCCCAAGCCCCCCCCCCUCAAAACAAUUCCAUUCUUCGGCAACCUUCUAUGGUUGCUUGUCAAGCCUUUCUCACGUGUUAAGGCCCUUUCUCUUUCCUUACAUGAAAUAUAUGGUCCGAUUUAUACCCUGUAUAUAGGCUCAAAGCCCUUAGUGGUUAUUGCCAGUCACUCCCUUGCCCAUCAGGCUUUGAUUGCUAACGGUGCCAUCUUUGCUGACCGUCCCCAAGCAAUUGCCACAGAAAUGUUCCUCAGCUGUGAUCAACACAACAUCACCUUGGCAUUCUAUGGCCCUAAAUGGCUCCGGCUCCACCGUAAUCUUACCUAUAAUAUCCUGCAUACUUCGCGGAUAGCAUCCUUUGCAGCUGCACGUAAAUGGGCCUUGGAUGCACUCAUCAACCGCCUUAAGUCUCUCUUAUCAUCUGAUGAAUAUCAUCCCACUGAAAUAAGGGAUCAUAUACAGCAUGCACUCUUCAGUUUGUUCACUUUUGUUUGUUUUGGUGAGAAGCUUGAAGACAUAAAAAUUCAAGAUAUCAAGAACCUGCAGCGACGCCUGCAAUCGAGUUUUGACGAAUUCAAAGUACUCAAUCUGUUUCUAUGUUUGGGGAAAUUUAUCUUUCACAAGCGAUGUGAAAAGCUUCGUCAGCUUCGACAGGAUCAGGAAAAGCUAAUGGUACCUUUAAUAAAAGCCAGAAAGGCGAUGAUGGAAGAAAAAAAUGAUGCCAUUUGGGGUAGGGAAAAGGAUGUGUCCGGCAUAUCGUUUGGCAAUGCUUCACUUGAAGUAUUUUGUGGCAAACUUAGUCUGGCAUUUCAAUUUUAAAGAGUUAGAGAGAAGGUGUGGAUUUGACUGAAAAACAUGAAUUCACAGCCUUAACGCAGAAUCCUUUAGAGGUCCAAAUCGCUCCUAGAAUCUAUGUCCACUGAUUUUUCUUAAUUUUUGGUCUAUCAUAUUAAGUCAUAUUUUAAAUAUUUUGUUAUACUUAGUUAUAAGUCUUGUCGUUAUAUUAAAAAUUUGUAACAAUAAUAUAAUAUACUAUAAUUGUUUUAUUUUAUUUUAA